AUGCCAAAGACGUCAGAUAUAUGGAAAUUUUUUGAAAAAAGCACUUCAGAAAAUUCUGCAAAAUGUUUAAUAUGCGAUAAAACCUUGGCUUGCAAUAAGGGGUCAACAAAGGGUUUAUGGGACCAUUUCAAGUCUAUGCAUGAAAAGGAAUAUUGUCAAUUUAUGAAUCAGGAAGAUGUUGCUUUGAAGAACCAGUCAUCAAUCUGUAAAUUUAUUGAAUCCGAUUCACAGGAUGAUGCUGAUAUACAAAUAGCAAAUUUAAUGAUUAGGCAGAAUUGCUCUUUCCUUUUUAUUGAAAGCCCUGAAUUGAAGAAGCUCUUUAAAUUAGCUUAUCCAAGACUUGAGCUUCGUGGUCGUCAACAUUUCCGUAAAAAUGUUAUACCAAAAAUGGCAUUAAAUAUAAGAAAGAAAAUUACCCAACAUGUAGGUGAUGAUUAUUAUGCUAUCACUUCAGAUGGAUGGAGUCAGAUUACUAAGUCCCCUGCGCUUUUGAGUAUAACGAUACACCAUGUGAAUGCAAAUUUUGAACGUGGUGAUUUUGUUCUUGAUGCAAUUCCAAUAGAAAGUCACUCUGGUAUUGAUAUAGCUAAAUAUAUAGAAGAAUCACUUAAGUCUAAUGGCCUACAAAUGAAUAAAUUAAUUUGCUUGAUAAGGGACGACGCUAGUAACAUGAAAAGGUCGUCAUCUCUUCUUGGAAUAAACAGGUUUGAAUUUAUAAGUCCUUAA